UGACGGAAGAUAUCUGGGAGAUAAACAGCAAAAAUGGGCGUAAGCUCAUUGAAGAAGAAUUUUCUUGGGAGAGGGAAAAGAUUUCUAGUUUAUUGAUGCGUCUGGCGAAGCUAGUCCUCGAAGAGGAAGAGAAUCGGGGAGGAUAGCGUUUACCGAAACUAGGACCACCUAUCGACAAUAAUUAACAAGUUCGCCAUGGAAAUCUCGGUAUUCUUACUUUACGCGACGACGACGUUGUUCGGCAUUGUAACGAGCGACAAGUGCGCAGACGAGUGUUCCUGCAAGUGGAAGAGCGGGAAGCGUACGGUCGAGUGUAUAAAUCGUGCCCUGACUAGCAUACCGGAGUGGGUCGAUCCGGAGACGCAAGUACUGGACACUAGUGGCAACGACAUUCGGACCUUGCCGAGCAACAUCUUCGUACGUGUACGGUUGACGAAUCUACAGCGUCUCUACCUACGCGAGUGCCGUAUCGACCGAAUCGAUAGCGAAGCACUGGCGGGCCUUACGAAUCUAGUUGAGCUCGAUCUAAGUCAUAACCUCUUAACCGUAGUCCCUAGUGGCAGUUUCACGGAUACACCGUUUCUCAGGGACCUGGUGCUUGCCAACAAUCCUCUCAAGAGGGUUCACUCGCACGCCUUCAAGAGUACACCGAAUUUGGUCAAGCUGGAUCUGUCUAACACACAGCUAAUCGAGAUCGAACCGAAAGGUUUCCGAGGUUUAGAAUUACUGGAAAGUUUGAAACUGAACAACAACCAGUUGUCGACGCUUCAUCCAGGCACGUUCGAGCCUUUGAACAAACUUACUAGUAUAGAACUUCAUGACAACCCGUGGAUAUGCGACUGUCAUCUACGCGAAAUGAAGAUGUGGUUAGUGAAGCACAACCUGCCUACUCUUCAGGCACCAAUUUGCCACGGACCGAAACAGUUAUUGAACCGUACGUUCACCGAUCUAGGUAUCGACGACUUUGCUUGUCGUCCGAUCCUGCUGAUAGCCAGUCGAUACGCUGAGGCGACGAUAGGCGAAAAUGCCAGUAUCGUGUGUCGGGUUAGCGCGAUACCACCGGCUAAAGUGAAGUGGUAUUGGAAUGGAAGACUGCUGACCAACCAUUCGGCGUUCAGUAGCUAUCAGAAGAUCUUGAUCUUCGAGGAAGGUCAGUUCAGAAAGAGGAGCACGUUGGUACUGACGAACGCCCAGGAAUCGGAUUCUAGCGAAUUCUAUUGUGUCGCUGAGAAUCGUGCGGGCAGUGUCGAGGCCAAUUUCACCCUACACGUGUCUCUGAGAACCGCUGGCAUGUCGACCCUCGGUUCUGGUCAAAUUGCUGGAAUAUCCGCCGCUCUGGUCGUCUUGAUUCUCUUCAUUCUUCUCAUCAUUCUCGUGCUGUUUAUUCGUUUUCGAAAAAUGCCUUUGAAGGACGUUAAAUCAUCAGCGGUGCCUGCGGAAGGGGCAUCGGCGGAUAACAGCGGGGGUAACAACGAGAACCCGCCAUCCGCGACGUCUACCAGCCGUAGAAAGCACGAGGAGAUCGAAACCACGUCGUUCGGUGUGGACUCGAAGCCACCGGUGUCCUUAAAUCUCAGCUACGUUCAAAGACCGCAAGCGUCCUUGCAAGCGGAGAAUGAGUACGCUUCGAUCAGGAGUUUCGACGAGCAUAGUCAACAAUCGUCGGUGAUGGUGGCGCCGAGCGCCUGUUUCUCAUCGACCACGUCGUUGAUGCCGAUCGACAAUCCUGAUCUGAUCAGGGAUACACACCGCGGAUCGGCUGAGGACAUUACGCCGUAUGGUGGAGCGGAUUACACUCGCAUGGAAGUGGUGGACGACGCCAAGAUCCUUUACUCGGGUUGCCUGUGGGAUACGAGGGAUACGUGCAGAACAGCGGUGCCAGUGAGCACGUAUCCUUCGAAGGAGACCCUCGCUGUAGUGGCGCCUAUAGUUGAGCAGUUUCCACCUGGCGCGAAGCAGAUACGAGUUUGGCAAAAGGGAGCGCCGGUUUUACCUCCUGUAUCCGCGCUGAAACGUGUCCUUGGUUCGACACGUAGCUCUCCCGACGAGGGCUAUCAAGAAGGGACUGGGACCGACGUCUAGGUACCGCUGCUUCAUUACUGCGACGCCCGGCACCGUUACCUGGAGCUUCGUAGACGCCACCAGGACGACACCGACUGUUGAGCGACGUCCUGUCCAGUGCCGGACGAGCGGUAGUGAACGAUUCUGAAUAAUACUGAAUUCCAAGGAAUCCGUCGCGUUGAUCGAUGGACGCGGACAUCGACCUGUCACGUUGGUUGCGUAUACAUAAACAUAUUAUAUAUAUACAUAUAUGUAUGUAUAUAUAUAUAUAUAUAUAUAUAUAUUGUG